GGAUCCGAUUGAGCCCCCUAAUUCAUCCACUUCAUAACUAACUUUCCUUCCAAAAGCCCCGCCUUCAAGAUUCCACCCCGCUUAAAACGGAGAACGGAGAAUCCAUCCAGCCAACCAAUCCGCCAUUGCUGCACCACUCCAGCUCCAAUAUAUAACUCCGGCAUCGGAUAAUAAUAUCAUCUCUCAGAUAACGGCAAUGACGGCGGAGGAGGAGACUGCCAAAUACGAAACCAAAGUCGACAUCAAGAGCUCGUCGUCAGCGCUGCCUCCUCCACCGGCGUUGGCCGCACCGCGGUUGUCCCUCGCCGGAGAUGAUCUAACGGAGGAGAAGAGAGUCAAUUUCCCGUUCUUCAGGCCGCUGUCGCAGAAGAGCGAGAAUGCGUGGAUCAUCUCUCUGUUCGUGAUCGUACACCUGAUUGUCUUCACGGCCACCAUGAUCGUCAACGACUGUUGGCACAACUCUCACGGCCAGUGCUCCGUUAAAUUCCUCAGAAUGGUCUCCUUUCAGCCCCUCCACGAGAAUCCCUUGCUAGGCCCCUCCGCCUCUGCGCUUGAUAAAGUUGGGGCUCUUAAGAAGACUUUUUUCAUUGAUAAUCACCAAUUCUGGCGUGUUUUCACCAGUCCAUUGUUGCAUGCAGGACUUUUCCACAUCAUCUUAAACUUGUGCAGUGUAGUCUUUGUUGGAAUUCACAUGGAACAAGAGUUUGGAUCAAUCAGGACUGGAGUUGGCUACAUACUGUCUGCCAUUACUGCUAGCUUGGUGGCUGCGCUUUUCGUUACUGAUAAAACAUCAGUGACAUCAUCUGGAGCAUUAUUUGGAUUGCUCGGUAUGAUGCUGUCUGGGCUCAUUAGAAACUGGAAAUUUUACACCAAAAAGCUUGCAGCUGUUUUUCUAAUUUUGAUGAUUUUGGUUGUCAACCUCAUCAUCGGUUUGUUACCGUACAUCAACAACUUUUCCAAUGUUGGAGGGUUUAUUACUGGUUUCCUUAUUGGGUUUGUGAUACUAUUCGAACCACAACUCAACAGAAGGGCUCAAGCGAAGGGAGGCUUGUUUGAGUAUGAUCUCAAACAAAAAGUUAAAUUGAAGCAGAAGUUGGACAGGCCAUUUCUGAGGGGCAUUUCUCUUGCCAUCUUCGUAUUUCUGUUUGUAGGAAUCUACAUGGCUGUUCUUCGUGGAACAAAUGCGAACAUGUAUUGUAGCUGGUGUAAAUACAUAGACUGCAUUUCGUCCAAAUGGGGUAGCUGCGUGGACAAACCAAUACACUGCGAGACCAUGAUAAACUCAGAGCACUUGAUCUUGACAUGCUCAGACAAUGGAAACUUCAGAAUUCUCCCUUACACCCACAUUUCUCCCUCAAGGAUUGAAGAUUUGUGCAGUCUCAUAUGCUCUUAGAUAUGGUAAUUGUGAAUUUGUACACAACGGGUGACCGGUUCAAAGGCCUAACACCAAUGCCAAUACUUAGCUUCCAAUUGAUGUGUAUAGGUACAACAAAAGUGUGAGGUUGUUGUUCAACCAUUUCGUCUAGACAUUGAAUUUUUGAUACAUAGACAUGAGCAAAAGAAAUACCAGAAGGCUUG